AUGCUCUAUUCACCGUGUCAUGCUCAACCCACCGUGUCAUGCUCUACUCACCGUGUCAUGCUCAGCCCACCGUGUCAUGCUCAACUCACCGUGUCAUGCUCAACUCACCGUGUCAUGCUCAACCCACCGUGUCAUGCUCAACUCACCGUGUCAUGCUCUGUCCACCGUGUCAUGCUCUGUCCAUCGUGUCAUGCUCAGUCCAUCGUGUCAUGCUCUGUCCAUCGUGUCAUGCUCUGUCCAUCGUGUCAUGCUCAGUCCAUCGUGUCAUGCUCAGUCCACCGUGUCAUGCUCUGUCCACCGUGUCAUGCUCUGUCCACCGUGUCAUGCUCUGUCCACCGUGUCAUGCUCUGUCCACCGUGUCAUGCUCUGUCCAUCGUGUCAUGCUCAGUCCAUCGUGUCAUGCUCUGUCCAUCGUGUCAUGCUCAGUCCAUCGUGUCAUGCUCAGUCCAUCGUGUCAUGCUCAGUCCAUCGUGUCAUGCUCAGUCCAUCGUGUCAUGCUCAGUCCAUCGUGUCAUGCUCAGUCCAUCGUGUCAUGCUCAGUCCAUCGUGUCAUGCUCAGUCCAUCGUGUCAUGCUCAGUCCAUCGUGUCAUGCUCAGUCCAUCGUGUCAUGCUCAACCCACCGUGUCAUGCUCAGUCCAUCGUGUCAUGCUCAGUCCAUCGUGUCAUGCUCAGUCCACCGUGUCAUGCUCAACCCACCGUGUCAUGCUCAACCCACCGUGUCAUGCUCAGUCCACCGUGUCAUGCUCAACUCACCGUGUCAUGCUCAACCCACCGUGUCAUGCUCAACCCACCGUGUCAUGCUCAGUCCACCGUGUCAUGCUCAACCCACCGUGUCAUGCUCAACCCACCGUGUCAUGCUCAACUCACCGUGUCAUGCUCUGUCCACCGUGUCAUGCUCUGUCCACCGUGUCAUGCUCUGUCCACCGUGUCAUGCUCAGUCCACCGUGUCAUGCUCAGUCCACCGUGUCAUGCUCAGUCCACCGUGUCAUGCUCAGUCCACCGUGUCAUGCUCAGUCCACCGUGUCAUGCUCAGUCCAACGUGUCAUGCUCAGUCCACCGUGUCAUGCUCAGCCCACCGUGUCAUGCUCAACUCACCGUGUCAUGCUCAACCCACCGUGUCAUGCUCAACCCACCGUGUCAUGCUCAAAUCACCGUGUCAUGCUCUAUUCACCGUGUCAUGCUCAACCCACCGUGUCAUGCUCAAAUCACCGUGUCAUGCUCUGUUCACCGUGUCAUGCUCUGUCCACCGUGUCAUGCUCAGUCCAUCGUGUCAUGCUCUGUCCACCGUGUCAUGCUCAACCCACCGUGUCAUGCUCAACCCACCGUGUCAUGCUCAAAUCACCGUGUCAUGCUCAGUCCACCGUGUCAUGCUCAGUCCACCGUGUCAUGCUCAACCCACCGUGUCAUGCUCAACCCACCGUGUCAUGCUCAAAUCACCGUGUCAUGCUCAGUCCACCGUGUCAUGCUCAGUCCACCUUGUCAUGCUCAAUCCACCGUGUCAUGCUCAACCCACCGUGUCAUGCUCAAAUCACCGUGUCAUGCUCAGUCCACCGUGUCAUGCUCAGUCCACCGUGUCAUGCUCAACCCACCGUGUCAUGCUCAACCCACCGUGUCAUGCUCAGCCCACCGUGUCAUGCUCAACUCACCGUGUCAUGCUCAGUCCACCGUGUCAUGCUCAGUCCACCGUGUCAUGCUCAACCCACCGUGUCAUGCUCAACCCACCGUGUCAUGCUCAGCCCACCGUGUCAUGCUCAACUCACCGUGUCAUGCUCAGUCCACCGUGUCAUGCUCAGUCCACCGUGUCAUGCUCAAAUCACCGUGUCAUGCUCAGUCCACCGUGUCAUGCUCAAACCACCGUGUCAUGCUCAACCCACCGUGUCAUGCUCAACCCACCGUGUCAUGCUCAGCCCACCGUGUCAUGCUCAACUCACCGUGUCAUGCUCAACCCACCGUGUCAUGCUCAACCCACCGUGUCAUGCUCAGCCCACCGUGUCAUGCUCAACUCACCGUGUCAUGCUCAGUCCACCGUGUCAUGCUCAGUCCACCGUGUCAUGCUCAACUCACCGUGUCAUGCUCAGUCCACCGUGUCAUGCUCAGUCCACCGUGUCAUGCUCAACUCACCGUGUCAUGCUCAACUCACCGUGUCAUGCUCAACUCACCGUGUCAUGCUCAACCCACCGUGUCAUGCUCAACCCACCGUGUCAUGCUCAACUCACCGUGUCAUGCUCAACCCACCGUGUCAUGCUCAGUCCACCGUGUCAUGCUCAACUCACCGUGUCAUGCUCAGUCCACCGUGUCAUGCUCAACUCACCGUGUCAUGCUCAGCUCACCGUGUCAUGCUCAACCCACCGUGUCAUGCUCAACCCACCGUGUCAUGCUCAAAUCACCGUGUCAUGCUCAGUCCACCGUGUCAUGCUCAACUCACCGUGUCAUGCUCAACCCACCGUGUCAUGCUCAACUCACCGUGUCAUGCUCAACUCACCGUGUCAUGCUCAGUCCACCGUGUCAUGCUCAACUCACCGUGUCAUGCUCAACUCACCGUGUCAUGCUCAGUCCACCGUGUCAUGCUCAAAUCACCGUGUCAUGCUCAACCCACCGUGUCAUGCUCAACUCACCGUGUCAUGCUCAACCCACCGUGUCAUGCUCAACUCACCGUGUCAUGCUCAACCCACCGUGUCAUGCUCAGUCCACCGUGUCAUGCUCAGUCCACCGUGUCAUGCUCAACUCACCGUGUCAUGCUCAGUCCACCGUGUCAUGCUCAACUCACCGUGUCAUGCUCAACUCACCGUGUCAUGCUCAGUCCACCGUGCCAAGAGUAA